AAUUUGAACAGCUGGGGCAAACACUCCAACAUCCCUCCUCGGCCGCGGCCCCCAAAAACGGAGGCGUGAAAAAUAUCUCGUGGAAAAAUACAUUACUCGCCAAAUUCAAUGUCUUUCACUCGAAAAAUUAAUUUCUGGUCUUGCUUAUUCAAGCCACGGUUAACAACUUUUUUCACAACAAUGUCCUUAAACGAGUUGUAAUCGCUGUGGCAUUUCAAGGAACGGCACAAUGACAAUGACGGAGAGCGAAUGUAAACUUUUUUUAGCUUUGUUGUUGUCAGAAAACAAACAUGCUACGAGAAGAAACGCGAUGAGAUUUUUAAGUAUUUAUCUGUCAUUGUUAUUUAUCUAAAUAAAUGUUUUGCGUGUAACACACUUUCGAGUUUGUAAAAGAUUAUUAUUUAAAAAAAUAAUAGCUAGCUAGCCAGGUCGGUUCAGAGACGCUGGUGGUAGGUAGCUAUUUAGCUAUAAAAGGUGUAGCUAGCUAUGUAGCUAGCUAGCUAUAUAAAUUUCUAACUUUUUCUGAAUUAAGCUGGUUCUUUUAAACUCUCUUUUACUAACCAAAAUUUAAGUUCUAUGGGUAGUAGGAAGACAGGUUGUUAAGUCUAGUCUCUGUGGCUAAUGCCAGCUGCUGUUAUUUUUGUUUUACAUUUAUUUUAGCAAAAUGGAAAGUAAAACUUGAAUUUGUUAGCUAUAUAUAUAGUUAAUUUUGAGAAAUAUUUUUUCUCUAUCAAUAUGAGUUUCAAAAGUAUUGGAAGACACAAUUCACAAUCCAAAAGGUUUCGUUCAAUGAGUAAGACAAGCACACCAAGUGAAGAUUCUGACAGUGAUGAAGAUGAAGAACAAAGACGGAAGUAUAUUAGCUUGAAAGGUGGUCAGUGUCUUUUAUGGUCAGCAAAUAAAUUUGGAAAUGACUGGGAUUUGACACAAGGCCAUACUAAGUACUAUGAUGUCACUCCAAACGAAUACAACAUUGGGUAUGACAACAAGGCCUUAAAUAAUAGCUUCAAACGAAAUAUUGAUGGUCGUCAUUCAUUGAAACAUUUUAGGGCACAUACUAGACCACGUUUUAACCUUGACAAUAUAAAUUUAAAUAAUGAUUUUGAAUAUGGGUUUAAUCCAAAAAGAGCAACUGGUAGCAAAGCUAAUAACAUUGUGAAAUUAAGACCAUUGUCAUUAUAUGCACCACCAUCACCAAAGAAGUCAUACUUAAAGCCUACCAAUUCUGAUGCAAGUGCUGACUAUGGUAAUCAGAAAAACAACUUUGUUAAAGAUAAUCAUAUUGUUAAAAAUGGUACUUUUCUAAAGCGCACAGUAUCUUAUGCUCGCAAUGACUAUGAAGCACAGUUAGAAAAAAAGGUAUUAUCUUUGCGUGCUCAGCCAAGUAAUCUUAAAUUCCAAGGCUCCAAAGGAAAGCUAAAUGAGCAGGAACUGGCUGAAGAUAUAGCAAAUGCAAGAAGAAGAAGAUUUGUGAGACGUCAGUUGUCAUUUGACUCCCACCAUUCAACAAAGAGAUGGAAAAAAACACUCUCCUUAGAUAGUGGAUUGGCAACUGAUAGUUUGUGGAGUUAUAAAAGUGCUGCUUCCUUUAAGAUUAAAUAUGACUCUUCGUCAAAAAGCGAGGAACUGCUUGAUUCUGAAGUUAAAUGCAGUGAAAAGGAAUGUUCAAAUGAACGUAAUUGUAAAAGUGUUGAGUUUUUAGACAUUAUUUCUAUGGAAAGUCCGAGGGACCGUCUGGAUGCAAAUGGUAUGGAUACAAAAUGCACGUCAGAAGCAUCUACUUUGGUUCGUUCAUCAUGUGAAACUGUUGUCCCAUUACAUCCCAUUAAAGUAUUCCCACCAAAGCCUGUUGAAGCUGAAAAAGCUCCUGAAGUUGAUGUUCUACUUUUGGCGGCUCAAGAACAAACCAAAACUGAGAAAACUAAACGUAGAUCAAGCAUUCCACACAUUUUAAGUGCAUUUAGAUUGCCUAACAAAAGGACAUUCCAAAAGUUUAUUCGCAAGAAACCACAGGAUAAUUCACCUCCUGUUUUAUCUCCUACAGAAUUGAAAGAUAAAAAAGCCAGCAGUGUUCAAAAUACGAAAGCUUUAGAAAAUGGAGAAGUUUUGAAUUCAAAUCAAAAUGUGUCUCAGCAUUCAGUCAACACAUUUGAAAAAGCAGAAAGAGCAGAAUCAGAAGAUCUUUUAUCCACACCCCUAACUGACAAAUCAAGUUCUUCAUAUUCUUUGCCGCGAGUAGAUGAAGAUAAGGAGAGCUUCGAAUUUAGCAGUCCUCUCGAACGUCGCUCGAAAAGCAGCUGUAGCAUUUCCAUCUCGAAGACAACACACCAGCAGCGACUGAAUCAAGAACCGACCGUGCUGCAGCGGCGCAUGAGCGAUACUGUUCUGUCGUGUAACGAAAGGACUGUCGGCUGUUCACCAGGUAAAAAAUUUGUUCGGCGACUUCUGUCUCCAGUUGUGUGUGGCCUACCAUCCCCUGAUAAAUAUGGUUUGUUAAAUGACUCAAUGCAAAGUUUGGCAAGCUACGAUAGUUCGUCCAUUGCAUCCGAUUCUGAUGUGUCGUAUCCUCAAUUAUUUGACUUUGGCUCACAGGAGCUUGUAGAAGAAAUGACUCUGAUUGAUAAAGAGCUACUCAUUCGCAUUUCAUGGGAGGAAUUGUCUGUGCUUGGAUGGAUGUCACCAGACAAGUUUGUUCUUGCACCAAAUAUUAUGAAAAUGGUUCAAUUUUUUAAUCGUAUUGCUAUGCUAAUUUCAACAAGUGUGUUGAUAGAAGAAACAUGCUACCGUCGCGCGAAAGUGAUACGGAAAGCUAUUAAGCUUGCAUGUCGAUGCCGCUACGCAAAGAAUUAUAACUCAUUAAAAGCUGUUUUGGGAGGUUUACAGUGCACUCCGAUAUUUCGUUUGAAAGCCACUUGGAAGCAAGUCCCUUCCCGCUAUCGAAGGUUAUUUCGGGAACUUUCUGAAAUCAUGAGUGAAAACAACAACUUUUCGAUCUACCGUCAAGAAAUAAGCACAGCCCUGCGCAACCCGCCUUGCAUACCCUUUCUUGGAAAUUUCCUCACGCAAGUGGCGCAUACACAUGCGUAUAUGACCGUUCAAGUGAAAUACAAGAGAAAUCAUAGUUUCCUCGAAAAUGGUAGUAUUCGAAAUAAAACAGAGAAGAAGAAUCGUGCAAAGGAUGAUGAAGGAAAUAGUUUUAAAUUAGGUCCUAUAGUGCAUACCACCCACACGAGAAGCGACUCCGACGAUAGCGGCGUUGUGUUAAAUCUAAACCGUCUUAGCCAUACGUCGGACGACUAUGACACUAGUCCUCGUCAAGUAUCGCCCGACGACGAAAAUCGAAAGUUCGAAGAUGUCUUUAACAACGAGCCAAAGAAGAAUAUUAGUAAUCACCCUUCAUCGCCUAGCUCUUUAAAGAAGUUUUUAUCGGACGAAUUCUUGCAACGAAAGCAUGACGAGCGAGAGUCGUUUCGGCACAGUUAUAGUGUGGACAACGAAGAUUUGCAUGUAAAACAAUACAAUCAAAUUAGCAACAUCAUCAACAACAGACCUGUUCAACCCGACCAAACAAACGAUUUAUACGAAUGUGAGUUGGAAUUCUGGAAGUACCAAAUAUCAGCCGUGCAGUUUAACAUUAUACCGAGGACGUAUAUACGACGCUUCCUUAUGAAUAGUCCUUAUAACACAGAGGAGGACAACUACAAGCUUUCCCUCAAAAGGGAACCGCCUGCAAGAUAACACAGCGCAGCUCUAGGUACCAUAUUUAAAUUCGCUUUCUCGUAUUGAAAGGCGGUUUUUUUUGUAUAAAUAGAAAAAUAUAACCAUAUUCCUACAUAAUUUGAACGUUGCAUAUAUAUAUAUACAUAUAGAUAUAUUUAAAAACUUUGAAUGUAAAUAAAGAUAUCUGUUACGUCAGCAGAGUCGUUCACUUACGAAAGUGUUAAUGAUGUGAUUCCUUUAAGUGCGUGUGACCUUAGAUAAAUAAAGUAAUGCGACACUCCUGUGGUUUAAUACAAGCGAUAUAUACGUACUUAAAUCAGCGAUAGUUUUAAGUAGCUAUUCCCCAUAAACGAGGCUUUAAAACCUAAAAAUGUUCGUUGAUGUUAUUUAAGAUAUUAUUUAAUCGAUGUACAUGUUUGUUUAUAUUUAGAACAGUAAUGCUAUAUAUAAGAUUUCUAUGUAUAUAAAUAUGAAUGUAGGAAAUAUUUUUGUCGACUGACGUCGUCUCGUGUGUUACAUUAUUUUCUUCUGUUUUGUUUGUGUCUUGUCCGAAAAAGUAGUUCUGGUACAAGUUGUUUUACAAAAACAAAGAAACUUUUUGGCUUCAAUUGUUAAUAUUGAAGCAAACUUUUUAAAAAUCUAAUAGAGUCGAUCCCUGCCGUAUUUUUAAAAACAUGGUUAUUAUUAUUUUUUUGAUUUCUUUAAAUACUUUGCGAAUAAAAGUUCACACUACACCUGCAGCUUUGAUCUGAGUGCACCAAUUCGUACAACGUGUAAUUUUGAAGUAUUUUUUUCCAGAGAAUUAUUUUACUGCUUCAUGUAUCCAGCAUGAAUAUGAGAUUGAUUUUCUUUAUUUUUUAAUUUUUAUUUAUUGUAAGUAUUAGGGAGAUAAAACUUUGUGAGGAUAUUACAGAGAUAGUGGAUUAUCUGCGAGACGUGUGAGUAUGACUGAGAAAGAAUAUAUAUUAUUUUGA